UAUAAACUAAGCCUGAGGUAGCACUAGGUCAUCUACCUACCUUGCCUUACCUACUCGAGCUGACUUGUUGGACGUGUCGCACAGUGGAUGGGCACCGCGGGGGAAACCUAGCUUGACACGGCGUCGCGAACGCGGCGAAGUUCUGGUCUUGUCAAGCAAUUUUUUCUCUCUCUCUUGAACUCUUUUGGCUUUUGUUUUCUUAAAAAAAAGUAUUAAAUUUUCAUCUCUUCAACUUGCAUCCCCUCGUUUAUACAACAACAUAAUCAACCAAGCGACAGCGCAGUUUCCACCGGAAGCUUCUGCCUUUCGAUCGAUAAGGUCCAAGGAAGAAAUAAUAGGCGGUCGUCCCAGUCCCACAUAGGCUUGCCAAUUGCAUGCCCACCCUUGCAGCUCAUUCGGACCAGGCGAGGUGAGCCCGCCGCUUCGGCAGCGCAAUCCGCGAGCAGACAGGCGAUGGAUCCAGCUAUCAAUCUGCAGCAGCGCAUAGCGCAGGGUCUGAGCAUCUCCCUGCGCAAUUCUCUCAACUCUCUGGGCUUGGGCAAUGGAGUCGCAAACAACUCCAUCCCCACGCCUACGGGUUCUUCAGAGACAAACCAUACCGAUGGGCUAGUGAUAGAUGUCGAAAAGGGCAGGCCCGAGUUGGAGCACCAAAGUCCGAGCGGCAUUAUCGCGGGAUCUCACGUCACCGCAUCCAGCGCAAAAAGCGCGAGGAGCAUGGCCGGGGACUCGACAGACGAUGUUGUCCGGCAGCGACAGACGGAGGAGGAGCAAACACAGGACGCGGUCGAGGCCGAGCAAAUCAGGCUAGCUGCCGCCCAGCGCACUGCGCCACUCACCCUCGCGACUCUGCCGCCCGAAUUGCAGAUGUUGAUUAUCCGGCAACUCAACUUUGGUGACAUUGAGCGGUUAAGGCGGACAUGUCGCUUCUACAGGAAGCUUGCGUCACCCCGCGCCAUCAGGGUGCUCUUUGGGCCAGACCACCUUCGGCGCCUCUUGCUCAGUCACUGCGCCCGCUGCCUGGCCUACGACGAAGAGCGAUUGAGUCUUUUGCAGGCGCCGGUCACACAUCCCGACUUUCCGCUCUGUGCGCUUUGCGUCGACUGCGCGGUCGCCGAGAGGGACGACCGGAUCGUUGUCGGGCGCAAGGUGACUAUGGGCAAUGGCGACGGCGUCUGGAUAUGCCGCUGGUGUGGUUGGCCCGUCACGGUUUCGCCGGCUACUGGUCACGUACAAUUUCACAGGCGAUGCUACAACAAAUACAACGACGCAUUGCUGUUUUUCUUCUCGUUGGGUUGGAUGCAGCUAGCUCUGGGAGUUAUAGGUGCUGCAUUGGCAUGGAGGUAUUUCCGGAAUGACAUUCAAGUCUUCGCUCCCACCGUGACUUCAUUCCUACUUCUUUGGGUAUGCUUUCUCAUCCUCACAUUCCGCGGGAACCGCAUCAGAACAUACCACUGGAGCUUCCUGUUUGAGCUUAUGACACUGCUCUGCUGGAUCCCUCCGAUCCACUGGAUCAUUGACUUGUACGUCGAGACGCCAUAUUACGAGCUGCCCAGAAGCACGAUGGCAUGUUUGAUAUUUUUCUGUUUUAACCUACUUUUUCGACUUUUAAAUGUGCUCGGAAACCUCGUGCUUUUGUGCGAGUAUCAACGAACAAGCCAUCACCUUCCUUCACACAUGAUACCAUGGUGGAGGCAUAUCACGAACCCAGUCGUGGACUGCUUGAUAUUCUGGACGUACCCUCAGUGUGCGGAGCAAAAAUAUCCGCCGCAUUGGAGCUAGGAGCGACUUCUUUUUGGUUUGUUGUAUUUCUUUUCUUACAGUAUAUUUUUGUUUUUCUUUUUGAUUUCGAGCACACCCAUUGUAGCCAGUUUCUUUCAGCGCGUGAUGCACUUGUUUAGGCUGUAGUAUACAACGCUAUAUCGGUAUACGAGGAGGUUGGGGAACAUGGAAUGGGGAAAUGAAGACGAAAUACUAUACUGGGAUGAGGUGGGGAAAAGGUCGGAUUUGGGAUCGGAUCAACACGCUGUUAUGAUGAUACAUGAUACCUAUGCUGAAAGAAAAACAAGAAAAAAAAGCUGGUCUAGCUUGGGGUUUGCCGAGUCAAGAAAGCAGGGUAUGAGCGCGCAGAAAACAGGGUCUACGCUGGCAUCUAGCCCCGGCCGAACACGAGUAGAUACCGCAAUAUGAACAAUAGUAUUAAACCAAAAGUAAAAAAGACGCGCUGACGACGGC